UUCUGCUCCAUAUGAGUACUGCUCGGUUUUAAGACAUAAAUUCUCCUUCAACAACCUAAACCUGAAGCAUUACAAUAAACAUGACGACAUGUCCUAUAUUGGCUUAUAUCCUUACAUAUAUAUGGGAGAUAACGCGUUAACACGCAGCCCGGAGCUGUUUCAUCUGUUUCUUCCCCAGUAACGCAGCAUCGGCGGCUUCGUCCUUUUUUAAUCCACGUUUAUCCGCAGCACAUCCGGACCCGGCGCGGCAGGUCCGGGUUUAGCUGGAUUAGCGCGGCCUAUUAUUAACCAUCCAUCCAAAUAAACCCACUGGGGAGGGGAGAUCGCGUCGGGGAGGAUCGCGGAGUGAGUUGGCGAAAACCCGGAGCGGACUUCAGUGCUGUAAUGGGACUUGUUAUUAUUUAAAGUGGCCUUAGACUGAGUCACCUUUUCAGGGGCAUGGGAAAUGACUUUAGUGACCCAACGACGGUGAUUUAACAGCUGCUUGCUUGUGCGGUACGGUGGCUCGUCAGUUACCAUUUAAAUCCUAAUCAUAUUGCGAAUUUAGCAAAAUGGUCGCCAUAUAGGUUAUAACCUACGCAAAGCGAAUCGACCGUAAGGACAUCCAAAAUGCCGCUCCCGCUUCGCAUCUGCUUGGCGUUUGCUUUUGCGUUUGCUUUUGCGUUGACUGUGGCUGCGCAUGGGGAGCUGCGCACCACGCCGGCCGAAAGCUUACGGCCGAACCGAACGGCGAGCAUCCCGGAGCCGCAGCGGCCGCGGAACGGCACGGGCGGUGCGCCGACCGUCGGAGCGCACAUCCCCCCCUUCCUGGGCGACCUGGCCACCCUUAGGGCUUUCGGCGUCAUCAUCUGCGUCUCUGCCGUCUUCCUGAUCACCUGCCUGGUCGUCAAGGUUUACAGGUCUGGGAGGAAGGUGGGGAAAACGCGGCGGUACGACAUCAUCACCACGCCGGCGGAGCGUAUCGAGAUGGCGCCUUUAAAUGAGGAGAACGAAGAUGAGGAGGACUCGACCCUCUUCGAUAUCAAGUACAGGUGAAGACCACUGUAACACUGGAUAUAGUAUGUACAAUCUAUGUACAGUUACACGACUGUUUCUGCAGGGAUUGUUAAAAAAAAAAAAGGACAAUCAGUUUCUUCAGUUUACUUGCUCCUUUCCCUCUCAUUCUAAUCUUAACCACUAGGCUACUGGAGACAUCUCUCUGAUCUUCAGAAGAAUCAUUAUAUUUUCUUUCGUACAUAAUGCGGUUCUUCCAGUGUUGGAGCUGUUGAUAUGGGUGAUCUACUGGACUUCACAUUUGUAGGUCUAUCAGUGUGUGCUUGUAGGCGUUUUAGGAGGAGGUAUGCUCAAGCAACUAGAGGAGGCAGGACCAAGACAUCUGAUUGGUUGGUCCUGCCUCCUUUAGUCGCUUGAACCCACCUUGUCUACAAUCUGAUUGGUUAUAUCUCCAAGCCAAUUAUUUUUCAUUCUGCCCUCAGAACAUUUUUGUGUAAGUAAACUUCCCAUUAGCUCCGUGUGUGUUGUGUGAAACAGAAGUUCUAUCUUAAUGCUAUGAAUCAGUUACUGUUACGCCAGAGUGUUUUAGAGGGGAUUUAAGUUUCCCUAUGGCAAGAACACUUUGUGUAUCAUUAACUAUGAUCUUCAGAAGCCAUACUUCUUAUUUUCUUCUUAUUUUGAAUGUAAUGUUAUCGUGGUUUUAUUUUCCUUUAGAACUCCAUAAUCCAGACUGAUUCUUCAGUUGUUGUGACCUUCUAGCUGUAUGAUAUUCUGUAAUAUUACUGAGAUCCUGUGUUGAAACUAGCCAUGCCACUGCCGUUUUGGGCACCAUAGAUUCAGGAACUUCUUUCUAGUAAAUAUUCGCCGCUGUCACCUGUGUCAGCUUAAAAGUAUUUUUUACCAAAACACUGAGUGUUUGCAAUGUGCAAAGCUGCCAUUUUGAUUCACAAUGUCAUGAUCUUUACUGGAACAGAGGAGUUUAGCAUCCUAAUUGUAGUUAGUCUGAUUUUAAAUGUCCUGCAUGGCCCCUAUGCCUGGUGAAAUGUAUGCAAUCCUGUCUCUAACAUGGGAAACGACAUUGUAUGACUACAGAACAUACAUAUAUACAGCCUUUUUAUUGUAUAGAUGGUAGCUCCAGCAAUGUAGGUGUAAGAGUAUUAAGCUAAUAAACUGUGCAACUCUGCACUGUGACAUAA